UUGUAGAGCGGUGACUUUUAAACUGCGCGCUAUCUAAGGAAAAACAAUUUAACGUUUUAAUUUAAUGAUGUCUUUAUAGAAAUAUAGCAGUGAGUGACUGGCAAUUAUAUUACACCUCUUGUUUACUCACUCACCAGUAACCAACAAAGUGACCUCGUCAUAGAUAACAUGGUGGGACUGUCAACAUGUCAGUAAAGAGUAACAACCGCAGAAUUAAAUUCAACUGGUGUUUGUGUUUAUAGUUUCCAGUACAAUAGUCAAGAGCAUGAAAACAAAUUGAUCAAAUGUCCUACUGCAGCCUACGUUUUCAAACUUCUUAGAGCAGUCAGGAUAACCUCGAUAUGUCUGUUUACUUAUGUUGUUUUUGUUGUUAAGAAAAAAGGCUGAAAUAAAAAGUCACAUGCUGUGUUUGUCUAGUAAUGGUCUUAUGAUACUAAAAUCCCUUACACCUUUCAUGGGAAAGCCAACAUUUGACGAAUCGAUCAAACGAGGGCCUGGAGUUUUUUCUCUAAGUUACAAACAUUGAAUCAAAAAAGAAUAUACUGACAUGGUCAGAUAAAUGGAAAUACAUUAGACAGUCGCUUCCAUUGAUAUCUGGGGAGUGGUGUUCAGUGCAUCGCAAAACUUUACGGAUCAAACUCAUUGAGGACAGUGCUCAGAUGUACCAUUUUUAAAAGCUGUGUUUAUUAGAUUUACAUUUUUGAUCAAAUAACUAUUUCUUUAUCUGUAUGGACCCUAUGUUCAUCUAUGGACACAUCGUUUUGUGUAUGAUUAAACAGCGCCAUCUGGCGGAUACUACAAUAAUAACAUACAAUACAAUAGCAACAGACAAUUGUGUUUUUUAUCUGCCCUUAUCCUUUAAUAAGGUGAUUCAAUGCUCUAUUAUUAUAAUGUUUAACUCCCAUAACUACCCCAAAUACAUCGAGUGAGCGUUAAACAAUGAAGUGUGUUUGUAUAUUGUCACUAACAAUAUUACAACUCGACUGUAAUAUUAACAUUAUAUAAAAACCUACAGAUCAUUUCUGCUGAAAUUGUUUUCUUAAUACACAUUUAUUUCUUAAAAGUUGUAUGUUAGGUUUUUACAUUUAUAAAUGUAAAACGUUUGUUUCCAAUGAGAUUGGAAAGAUAUAUCCAAACAAUAACAUGUAUUUGUUUGUAUGUGUUUGAUCACAAACGUGUGACUGCUGUCUUUUAAAAUUGUUCAUGCUAUAUAACUAAUGUUCCAGGGCGACAUCAUGGGCGACAACAUCCUCUACCCAGUCUGCUUUCUGUAGAUACUGAUCCUGGAUCAGUUUUUAAAAUUACAUUUCCUCACUCAGUAAAGCGGUAUGUCACUAAAUCUGAUUCCAGUUCAUCGAAUAAACUGGUAAGUGAGGGGCUUUGGUAAGGUCUACCGUACACUUGCUUGUGCCCGAACGACUUCAUUUAAGACAGGCUCCCACUGGUACCAAUCAGAACUGGCCCUGAAAGUCAACCGUCUAAUGACCGGCCGCCGACAGUCUGUAAGGCGGGACUUCCGUGUGGGUGUGUGGGAGACUGUAGGAAAAGGAGGUCAAAUGUACUACAAGAGUUUGUAAGCGUAACAGUGGGUCCAGGAAAGAUUUACAGGUAGACAAUUGUGUUGGAAUUACACUUGAAGCUAUAAUCUACACUGUCGUUAUUAGAGAAUCGAUUCAGAAAGAACGCGUUGUUGGUGUGGUUUGUCAGUGUCGUACCUGUAGACAUUUGACUCAUAACGAUAGUUAGCUUAAUGCUAAAGAUACAUGACGCGUGCUCGUAGACAUUUCUUUAACUAACGUUAAAACCAGUCAGGUCAGGUAUGACUCUGUCCGUAUUAGCAUCCGUAUAAAGGUUAUGCUUUGUGCAUCUCAACAUACCCUAUAUCGUUAGCUGCUAAGUUUGUGAGCUAGCUGCAGCACUUUGCUGACACACAUUUGUUUUGGGGAACUUGUGUCACGGUCACACUGCUGGCAUGUUUCACUCUAUGCCUCGCCGUCCGAUCUGUGAGAUCGGUGUAACUACAUUAAAGCUUCAAAGCGGCCGGACAUUCAGGCGGACAGUCGAAGAGGGCAGAGGAAAGAUUGAGAGUCUCCCAUGGCUGGGUAGGCGCAUGGGCCUGCUGCUGUCCUGGCUGCAGAGGGCAGGUGUUGGUGCCAGUGAGGCUGCUGGAUCCGGACAGAAGAGGAAGGGCCUGCUCUCCAUAUUUGCCGAUCACUGCGGCUUUGUAACCGGACAGAGGCUCCGCCGUGCUUGCCAAGUCGGAGAGCUUUAUUCUAACCUGUACUCCGAGCGCACCAGGUGGACCCUGGUUGGUAACAUAUGGCGCAGAUUUCAGAGCAAAAAUGCCCCCACAGGGAAGCUGGUCGCGGCUCUUGCUGGUAUAUUCAUGUGGGAGAAUGAGAAGAUUCAAGAUGAGGAAAUUCACAGGUGUGGACUUGAGCUACAAGCAUUGGAGGCUGUAAAAUGUCUGAACACAGCUUCAGAGACAGCUUCCAGACUGGAACCUGGCUGGGAAGUUGUGUUGGAUAGCAAAGGCUUCAAAGUAUGGAAGCGACCCAUACCUGACAGUCACCUCUACGAAUACAGAGUGUUGGGCUCCUACAACGAUGUCACCCCAAGGCAGUUCUUCAAUGUACAGUUGGAUACAGAGUACAGGAAGAAGUGGGAUGCACUGGUUAUCAAGCUUGAAGUGGUGGACAGAGAUGUCUCUACAGGCUCUGAAGUUGUGCACUGGGCUACACACUUUCCUUAUCCCAUGUACUCAAGGGACUAUGUGUAUGUGCGCCGCUACGAUGUGGACGUGGAAAACAACCUGAUGGUUCUGGUGUCCAGAGCCGUCCAGCAUCCUAGAGUCCCUGAGACUCAGGAUUAUGUAAGGGUCCAUUCAUAUGAGUCAAAGAUGGUCAUCCGCCCUCACAAGUCCUUUGAUGAGAAUGGAUUUGAUUAUCUGCUGACCUACAGUGACGAUCCCCAGACCGCCUUUCCCCGUUACUGCGUGAACUGGAUGGUGUCAAGUGGUAUGCCUGCUUUUCUAGAGAAGCUGCAUAGUGCCACCUUGAGGGCCAAGAACUUGGAAGUGGGGAUCUAUGACUACGCCAGUGUCGUCAAAUCCAGUGACGCCAACCGCCAAUCGAGCCAGGAGCGCCUCGGAGGCGAAAAGUCUCACACUGGUGGUUCUGGACAGCUCUACGCUUGAGAUGGAUAUGUUAUAGACCUGGGGUUAUAUUGGUGUGUUUUCACGUGCACUUGAACUUUGAUUAUACCCUCCAGCCCAACUUUUAAGUAGAUUGCAUGAACUGCAAAUGGAAGUUGUAACCUACGUUAAAGACAAGUAAAUAAUAUGUCCAUCCGUAGACAUGGCCAAAUCGGUGAUAGAUGAGCUGUCACAAGAACAAUGGACUGUAUUGAAGGCAGCAUUACUGUGCUUUGGUGCAACCGUUUCUGUGGAGAUGUUCAUUCAGACUGGUGACAUUGGCCCUGUUAUUGCCUAACUAUGCAGGAAGUGCAAUGGUUUAUUAUUAUUUUUUGCCUCCUUCCGUAAUGAUGUAUUUCUUGUCAAGAUCGAGCCAAAAUUCAUAAUUGUAGAGAUGCUUUUGCCAAAAAACGUACUCUCAAUUGUCAUUCUAUGUCCUGUCUUCCGUUGUGGGCAAGGCUCGAGUUUAAAGGCUGUUCAGACCGCAUGCAGCCACAAUUCUGUUUUACUGUAUGCGUGGUGAGAUUUCAGAGAGAUGUUGUGAAAUGGACAUAGAACAUUAACUUCUAUUAGACAUCACUGAAGCACAAAACUGUAAAACUACGGCCACAAAUUCUACACUGAUGAAGAAUUGCAGCAUGGCUUAUUGAUCUUCAUUGGACUGGAUGGGAUGGAAUUAAAAACAUGGUGCCGUCAUUGGAAAAUGUGCCCACAGAGGCAUGUUUUUGUUUUGGGGAUUGCGUAGUGAAGGUUUUACGCUUUUCAUGACACCAUGCUGAAACUGAAGAAACUGCCAGCGUUGACAAAACAGCCUUCUGAAGAUAAACCAGUCCUUCAGCAAUAUGGGCAUAGUGUCUUAUAACAACAACAACAUACAUCCUCAAAUACCAUGGUACUGAUGCACUUCUUUACAGAGACACAUUUAAUGAGUCAAUGCCCUUUUUAGAGAGAUUGGGGCACACUUGUACCCCACCACCAUCCUUUUCCAUUUCAUAGGAGUUAAUUUGUCAUAUUUUAGUUCAGAUUAUUUCUUUCUGGUGUCCACAACAGACAUAACGAGUUUGUACUUUUGGAAUUAUUGGUGUGUUUUUUUUUCUUUGUGUUACUGUAGAUCUUGUACAUUCAUUUAAAAAAAAACAACAAUGCCUGGAUACUAAACAUCCUUAUUCACAAGCUCUGUAACAUGUUUGUCCUCCAUGAUUUCUUUAGUUUUUGUUAUUAAUGUGGGCUCUACUGAAACUAUAAUCCAUCCUUCCAAUUCAUCCUUGUUGCUUUUGUAAUUCAUUUGGUACGGGGUGUUGUGAAUGUACGAAGAGCUUCACAAUAUGUGAAAUAAAACCAUGCCUAAUCAAAUACACUGUUUACAGCCUGAAACAUUGGCACAAAUACCUUGACAUUAAUUUAAAAACAUCCCUUCUUCCUCUAAAAUGUAAUGUCAUAUUAAGCUGGUACAUCUGAGUGAAUUAGUAGUAGUAGCUGUCUCAAAAUAAAGCAGAAUGGUGGGAUCCACAGUAUCACAAAAUAAUAUAUCCAAUGUGUACAAUUCUGAAAUGAUGUAUUUCCAGCUAUUUGAUUCAUAAAAAAAUGGCAGUGUAAGCUGUGAUAUACACAUAUGUUGAAAGUGUGGAUGGAAAUAAAAUGCAGUUUUUUAUAUUUAUGUUUUGUGUGGGCAAACAACAUGGACUCAAGAUAUGUAACCAAUUAAACAUUGUGCAACAUGUGCUAAUGUUCAGCUUGCGAAUGUAACUGCUAAUGCUUUGUCAUUUGCUGACGGCUUUGUGCCACCUGCCAUAGUCUAGAAGAGUUGUCGCAUAAUGUUUUUGUGUUUUCUUUUAGCAGACAGUAAUGUGUGUUGUAAUUAGCUAACAGGAGAAUUAAUUGGGGACAGAUAAGUAAUCGUGUGCACUUAUUACACUGUGAUUUCAAGACUGAUUCAAAUGGACUUGCGAAUAAUUAGAUCAAAUAAACAUCUUCAUGUGUGUCCUA